AUGAAACGUUCAGGUAGCUUUGGUACUAAAGAAUUCAAAAGGUUAAAGGAUUCGGAUGGGUUUGAAAAGAAUUGUUUACCAGAAAAGAAAUUGCUUCAAGACAGUACUGAAAUGAAGAAGCAAAAUCUACAGCUGAACGCGAACCAAGUUUCAGAGAACUUAAUACUGUAUGAGAAUAAAGAAAUUAAUCCUACUCCAAAACCUUCUCUGGACAUACUGGUGCGAGGACCAUUUCCAGCAGUGAAGGAGAUGAAAACAGAAGAUGAGGGACUACGUGGUUUUCAUUCGGGCUCUUUUUUACGAACUUGCUUUCGAGUAGGCGAAUUGUUAAAGGUGUACCGUUCGCGUCCUUCUACCUCUUUGAUUGUCGUCGAGUUUUUUGGUAAAGUUCGCUCUCACAAAUUUGUUGGAAACACUAUCCUAUUAGAAUUGGAGGAUGCCUUUCGAGGUGGUAAGUCUCCAUGCAUCUAUGCUAAGCUAUUUACGAAAGAAUCGAUUACGCCCUUUAUGUUGAAAAAGGACUCUUUAGUGCGAGUUGUAGGAAAUGCUGCUUGCUCAGAGAAACUUUUAAAAAUAAUGCACGUAAGCAGUACAGAUACGGAUGAACUAAUUGAAACCUACCGCAUGACUUGUUACGAACGAAUGUAA